AUGGAAUCAAAAUUAGUGCCUAUUGGAUUUGAAGGAAUAGUUGCUAGUGAAAUGAAAUCUUAUAUUGGAUUUGAACAAUAUGAAGAUGAACAAGUGGAUAAUAUAAGCCGUGUUUAUCCUCGAGAUGAUACCAUGCCAAUUCCAAAUCAACCUAUUCGAAAUAAUUUUGAUCAUUCAUCUAAUUACAAUACAAAUUCUCAUCAAUCAACAAAAAGAACUCUUUCAUAUCCACAAGUAUUUUCUAUUUAUAAUGAAAUUGUUAAUGAAUGGUCUAAAAUUCAGUGGCUUAUAUUUACUAAUAAUCAUACAAAAACUUAUUUAACAUUAGAUUCUGACGCAGACGAAUUUGUAACCGUACAAAUGGCUAUCGAUCAAUAUCAAUGUACAAGUAUAACUACAUCACUUAUAUCUCUUCCUGAAUGUUUAUUAAUUCGGACAAAAUCAAGAACACAAGCAUUAUUUUUACCUAAUUCAAUCAUUUCAAUUGAAAAUUUAUGUGAUACAGAUAUUACUCAACGUCUAUUUCAAUAUAAAUUAAUGGCAAUUAUUUGUUCUUCAAAUAAUACAAAUAAUAAAAUAAUGUUUUAUAAAGAUUUUCAAACUAAUUUUUGGUAUAUUUUUUGUGAACAAUCAAUACCAUUACAUUCUUAUUCGAAUAAAUUAACAAACGAAGAGCAAUGUCAACUUGAAUUAUUUAUUCAACCAAAAGAUCAAUUAAAUAAUAUUGAUCUAUCAAAAUUUACAUCGUCAUUAUCUGCUCUAAGCAAUCAUCCAAUUAUUUAUGUAUAUAUACCAGCUAAAAAUAACUAA